AUGUUGGCUCACAACAACAACAUGGCAACAAUAGCAAAGGCCUUUGCACCAACUGUACCAUCAUCAUCAACAACAACAGCAACAGUCAGGCACGUCAAGUAUCUAGUAGUCAGCCAACAACAACAACAACAACAACAACAAACAGUCAACUGCCUGGCAGCCACCUUGAUGUGA